CACUUAGUGAUUACAUUUUGAAGUAUCGAAUAUGAACUUACAAUUGAUUGUCUUAUUCAGUGUUUUUUGGAUUUUUGUUAAUUCUCAACUUAAUUUUAAAAGAUGGCAAACAAAGUACAAUAUAAGCUAUUUACCUAAUGAUAAAGAAUUUAAUAGGUCAAGGCAAACUUUCGAUGUUAGUGUAUCAUUUGUGACUGUUAACAAAUUAAGAUUUAAAUUUGGAUAUGAAUUAGGACUGAAUGGAUUAGCUGAUUUACCGUUUCAACAAUUUCAAAAAACACACAAUGGAUUAGUUCUUCCAAACACUUUGGAACGAGGUGAUCAAAUAAUCAAUUUUUCAGAUGAAGAGCAUUUGGUUACUCUUAGAGCGCGUGCGGAUGUACCUGGUUCUGUGGAUUACCGAAAUUAUUCAUUGCCUGUGCAAAAUCAAAAAAUAUGCAAUUCGUGUUGGGCUUUUAGUGUAGUGGAAGCUUUAGAGAUAAAAUUGAAGAUGAAGAAUCCAAAGUUUAAUACAUUAUUGUCAGCACAGUAUGUAGUGGAUUGUGAUACGUUCAACUAUGGAUGUAUUGGUGGAUGGCCAACAAGUGCAUUUAAUUGGAUUGCAAGAAAUGGAGGGAAUGCAGUACCAUCAACAAUUAAUUAUCCUUAUUUUGGAUAUAAAAUGAGAUGUCGAAGCACACCGAAAAUAGCUAUGAAUAUCAAAGCUACCGUCCAAGAUUAUACAGCAGGAAAUGAAAAUAUGAUGAAAGAAAUUGUUGCAAAUGCUGGACCUAUUGUUGUGGCUUUUCAUGCAACUUUUUAUUUUCAGCUUUAUUCUAGCGGAAUAUUUUAUGAUCAAACUUGUGAUAAUAGAUGUGUGGUUGCUAAUCAUGCUAUUGUAAUUGUUGGAUAUGGAACAGACUCAACUACAAACACAGAUUAUUGGAUUAUUAAAAAUUCAUGGGGUACAUCAUGGGGUGAAGGUGGCUAUGGGUAUAUAGCACGGAAUAAAGGCAAUCAAUGCAAUAUAGCAUGCUGGGCGAUGUAUACACUUUAA